AAGUUCGACAACCUCUCACAUGAUCCACCCUUUUUGUACACAAAAACAGGCUAUUGAUUCCUCAAUAUGUGCGUUUACUAGACUCUCACCUUCACCUCCUCAAGAAGAAUCCUACUUUCAGUGGGCUAUCUUCAAUUGUUUCUUCCUGCGAAAGUUCAAUCCAGUUCAAUGGCAUCUACUUCUGCUUCUAACAUUGGGCGUCAAUCAGAGAAUGAGGUUACAAACGCUUCAAUGGAGAUUGCAGCAUCUCCAUCGACUUCUCCUAUUGCAAAAGUGGUAAGCCUAAUUUCAUGCUGCUUUGGUUGGUGUUCUCUCUUUCGUUCAAUGCGAUCAAUUCAAUCCAAUUCCAUAGCAUCUACAUCUAGCAGUAGUAAUCAGCCACAGAAUAUUGCAUCUACAUCUAGCACUAAUAGUCAGCCACAGAGUAUGGGAUCUACGUCUAGCACUAGCAGUCAGCCACAGAAUGAGGUUAUAAAUCCCUUUCAAGAAUUGGCACCAUCUUCGUCUACUGCUACAUCAUUAAUGCCAAUGAAAAAGUUACCUUACGAUGUAUUUAUUAAUCAUCGUGGCCCAGAUGUCAAACGCACACUCGCAACCAGUCUCUAUAAUACCCUUCAAGGAAUGGGGUUAAGGGCUUUUCUUGAUUCAGAAGAGCUUGAAUUGGGUGAUUCCUUGCCUAGAGAAUUAGAAGCAGUGAUGCGCCAUGCUUCGCUUCAUCUCGCUAUAUUGUCCAAGAGUUAUGCCCAAUCCCCAUGGUGUUUGGCAGAGCUUGCAUUCAUGCUCAAAACUGGCACCCGCAUUGUUCCUGUUUUCUACCAUGUUAAGCCUGAGGAUGUCCGAUAUGCAAAAGGAGACUUUGCUGAUGCUUUUGCCCGGCACGAACAGAAGCGUAGAUACAGCAUAGAAAAGCUCCAGGAGUGGAAGAAUGCCCUCUACAAUGUUUCCUUUAAUAUCGAUCACGUCGUUAAUACCCAGGAUCAGGAGGAAGUUCUGCUCAAGAAUAUUAUUAAUUCUAUUUUGCAAGUAAUAAAAGUUGUGCCAUUUGUGGCUGCCAAACAUCCAAUCGGUUUAGAUGAAGCUGUAAAAGACUUUGAAAUGACAACACUACAACCUGCUAGACUACAUCACACUGUCCAAAUUGUGGGAAUAUGGGGCAUGGGAGGUUCUGGGAAAACCACUCUUGCUAAACAAUUUUAUAACAACAUAUAUAGGACCAUGGAAAGGUGCUGUUUUCUAUUUGAUAUCAGAGAUGCUGCUACCAGGUGUGUAUUGCACAAAAAACAGAAAGAACUGCUGGAGGACCUUGGUCUCAAAGGCGUAGAAAUUAACAAUAUAGAAGAAGGGAAGACUAUGCUUGCCAGCCGAUUGAGAUCUGUUCGGGUGUUGAUUAUUUUGGAUGAUGUGGAUGAUGUGGACCAAUUGAAUGCUCUGUUGCCUACCACACACUAUCUUGGAUGGGAUAGUAUCAUUGUUGUUGCUACACGAGAGUUUGAAGUCCUUAGAUCUUGGGGGAUCAAAUUCAUAUACAAAAUGAAACAACUGGAUCCACCUCAUGCUAGACAACUUUUUUCCUGGCAUGCUUUUAUGCAACCGUCUCCAUAUAAAGGGUUUGAGAGUCUGGUUGAGAAUUUCAUUAGUGUUUGUGAUGGACUACCAUUAUCUUUAAAGGUUUUAGGAGCACAUUUACUUGGGAACUCCAACAAAGAUUAUUGGGAUGCUCAAUUGGUAAAGAUCUCUAGAAUACUGCCUCAUGACAUUAAGAAUAAGUUAAAAGUAAGUUAUGAUGUCUUAGAUGAUCAAGUGAAGGAGAUAUUUUUAGAUGUUGCAUGUUUUUUCAUUGGGGAGGAGAAAACAUUGGCAAUUGAUGUUUGGGAAGGAUCAAAUUGGAUUGGUCUUCAAAAUUGGGAGAGGCUUCUGAAUAAAUGUUUAGUUGAGCUUGAUGAAAAGAACUGCAUUAAAAUGCAUGAUCACUUAAGAGAUUUGGGAAGAGAAAUUGCAAAUCAGCACUCACCUUACCGUCUCUGGUCUCCACAACAGGUUAUUAAAGUUUAUCAAGAAGAGCAUAGAAUUCGUGUUCGAGGAAUAGCAUCUAAAACAGCUGCAUCCACAAAUGAAAUUGAGGAUUUCCCAAAAUGUUCGCCGGGCGGAGAGGUCAUAAUUAACACAAGAGGAGGAUGUUGCAGCCUCCCACCAUCUUCAAUGGGAUUGAAAAUUUUUCAGGUCAAAGGAGAUUAUCAUCAAAUAAUUGGUGAUGUGUCAGGAGAGUUGGUGAUGCUUCGCUGGUUUAACAUUGGCAGUAGCAAUCUUCGCUCAUUGGGUUCAUUGAAAAAUUUGAGGGUUUUAGAACUCCACGAAGAAGGCAAGGAUAAUCACUCAUUAGAAGAACUAUGGGAGCUUGACAGUGUUGCUCCUUUGCAGUUAAGAAGGUUAGUUGUUUCUGAAUGCACCGGUUUCAAAAAAUUGCCAAGUUCAAUUGGAUGUCUCAGUCAUCUGAAAAAACUAGUGGUUAGUGGUCAGAUUCAAAUGAGGAAUCUGCCAAGUGACUUUUGCCUUCUAAAAUCACUGGAGCACCUGAAAUUAGAUUGUCCUGAGCUAUCAUCACUACCCAGCGAUUUUGGCAAUUUGACAAACCUGCGGCAUCUACAAUUGUCUAGUUGUAAAGAAAUGAAGAUAUUGCCAGUGUCUUUUAAGGAGCUCAUACUCCUUCAACAUUUUCACCUGUCGAAUUGUGGUAAACUCACCUUAGAGCCAGAUAUUUUUGAAAACAUGUCAAAACUCGAGUAUGUGAACUUUUAUAGGUGCAAGCAAUUGGAAGAGUUGCCUGCUCACAUUACAAAUCAGGUCUCCUUGGGAGAGCUCCACUUAUAUGGUUGCGAGAGGUUGAGGGAGGUUCCAGUGAACAUCUGUCAAAUGAGCAAGUUGAGAAUGCUGGAGAUAGGGAGUAAAUUGUUGAAAAGCUUGCCCACCUCACUUGGAGAUUUGUCCUCCUUGACUACUCUUCAGAUUGAAUUCUGUCCUGAGCUGCAGUGUCUACCAGACUCUUUGGGUUUUCUCGACCGCUUGGAGAUAUUACGCAUAAUCUUUUCAGGAGUGGAACUUUUACCAAAUUCAGUUAAGCAACUUUCUAAUCUUCAUACUCUGCAUAUAUUACAAUGUCCAAUCAGAGAAUUCGAACUAGGAGCAGGGUCGCUUACUUCUUCCUUGUGUAACCUAAACCGGAUUUGGCUAUCGGAUAUAGAAGUGCCCAUGAUUUCUAUCUCCCAAGAAUGUUGCCCUGCCCUUGAGAUUCUUGAAAUUGAAGAUGAUAACAAUCUAACAGAGAUAGGCAUCCUACCACGUACACUUCAAUUCCUGGCGAUAAAGAGGUGCCCCAAGUUGGAGGCGCUUCCCUGUUUCUCACAAUUGACUUCUCUCAACAAUUUUGAUCUCAGAGAUUGCUAUGGAGUUAAGAAAAUACGAGGUUUAGAACAUUGUAGAGCACUUGAGAUGUUAAGAGCAGAUACCAAGUGGGAUGUUGCAGGCAUAGAUAGUUUGGUGCACCUGAAAAGAUUGUGGAGAGUGCGACUCAGAGCAAAUAGGAAACCAGGUGUUGAAGCUUGCAUUCAAAGUAUGAAGAAAUCAAUAGGUGAGAUAAUAGUAUGUACGCAGGCUGUCCCUGAUGCGGCCUCCCUUGUAGACUCCUUUGCCUUUCCGACUCGAUGUAACAUUCGCUCCUUCGCUACCCAGACUCUAUGUGACAUUCGUACCUUAACUACCCAGAAUAUUGCAUCCGAACCAAAAUUGGUGAAGGAGAAAUUACCCAGUGGAGAUGCCGUUAUUCUAUGUGCUGUUGUAAAUUGUAUUGCUCCAUGUAUGAAACUGAAGGUACAUUCAAUGUAUAAAACAAAUACAGUGGAGUUGGAGGAAGGGAGAUGGGUAUGGAUAGGAAUCUUCACACAACGUUCUGGGUGGUAUACAGCAGAGGAUUACAGUAUAAGCAGAUUGGAUUCAGGCGAAGGUGAAGUGGAGAAAGGAUUGCUUGUGACGGGAUCAGAGAAGACAAUUGUGGAGGUUUUCAAGAGAUUGUGGACUCUUCUAGGAAAUUGACAUUGAAAUGUUGCAUUGCUAUUAAUAUAAGAGAUGCAGAGGAGCUUGAUUCCCUGCUAGUAAUGCUGGCUUGUCAUGAAAAUUUUCAAACUAGAAUGACAUUUAAUAUGUGCGUACUUGGUUAUGUAAAUUAUACAAAGGACUUAUGUUCCUGAAAUUAUCAAUCUUACCCAUAGCCAUGCAAAUUGAUAGAUGGAUAAAUAAAAUGCUGCAGAGUCCA